AUCAGCCAUUUUCGUGUAUUUGGCACGCUGAUGAUGGGGUGAAAACCGCUGGAAUUCAUUCAAUUAAACUGUACUUUUUAGUAAUCGUCAUUUAUAAGCAUCAGUUUGAGCUACAGUAUCAACGGGUUUUGAGGUGCAGGACAGAAGAUCUUUUUGAGCUGGUGUCGUCCUCUGACCAGCUGCGGAAGCACCUGACUCAAGACACAUCGAUCAGAGGAUUACUAAUACUCGCAGCAUCACACAUGCUGUACAUGGUCGGAUUCUAUUUCACACAGACUCUGUAUAAAGUGAUUACCCUGAGGAAAUAAAGGAAGAUGUCGGCUCCAAAGAUGUCUUUAACCCAGCGCUAUCAUACACUGGAGAACAGAAUCAAAGAUCCAAAGUCGCUCAUCAACUAUGAAGCACUUCUGGAUUCUCUAUGUGCCUUAACACGAGACUGCGGCAUUCCAGCAUUACGGAAAAGCAAGAAUGUGGAGAACUUCCUCUCAAGAUAUGAGCAGAAGGCAGGGGACAUCACAUCACAUCGGCUGUCAUAUCAAGACUUUAAAAUCAUCAAGGUCAUAGGAAGAGGUGCCUUUGGUGAAGUCAAAGUGGUUCGUGAGAAGACGAGUCAGAAGGUUUUUGCAAUGAAAUGUUUGAGUAAAUUUGAGAUGAUCAAGAGAUCUGAUUCAGCGUUUUACUGGGAGGAAAGGGACAUCAUGGCUCAUGCUAACAGUGAAUGGAUUGUACAGCUCCACUACGCCUUCCAAGAUGAGAAGUAUCUUUACAUGGUUAUGGAUUACAUGCCAGGAGGUGACUUGGUUAAUCUCAUGAGCAACUAUGAGAUCCCAGAGAAGUGGGCCAGGUUCUACACGGCCGAGGUGGUCCUGGCGCUAGACGCUAUCCAUUCUAUGGGCUUUAUACAUAGAGACGUGAAACCAGAUAACAUGUUAUUAGAUUCAUCAGGACAUCUCAAGUUAGCAGACUUUGGAACAUGUAUGAGGAUGGAAAGGGAUGGUAUGGUGCGUUCAGACACAGCAGUAGGUACACCAGAUUACAUCUCUCCUGAAGUUCUCAAGUCACAAGCUGGUAAUGGACAGUAUGGAAGAGAAUGUGAUUGGUGGUCGGUAGGGGUAUUCAUCUAUGAAAUGCUUGUUGGUGACACACCAUUCUAUGCUGAUUCCCUUGUGGGUACAUACAGCAAGAUCAUGGAUCAUAGAAACUCACUAGAGUUUCCCGAUGAUAUUUCAAUAACUGGCCCUGCCAAAGACCUUAUAUGCAAAUUUCUAACCGACAGAGACACAAGGUUAGGAAAGAAUGGUAUUGAGGAAAUCAAGCAACAUAGAUUUUUCAGGAAUGAUAUGUGGACAUAUGAAAAUAUUAGGAAUACUGUACCUCCGGUCGUACCUGAACUAGUCAGUGACGUGGACACCAGUAACUUUGAUGACAUUGAGGCAGAAAACCACCCCGAGGAGAGCUUUCAAUCGCCCAAGACAUUCGCUGGCAACAAUCUUCCAUUCAUCGGCUUCACUUACAACAAAUCAAAUAGAUUGUUUACAUCGAUAGAGGGUGGUAUAAAGGAGGCAGAUGGACAUGUAUCAACCCCCAAUGUUGGAGGCAGGGAAUAUGAAGAAAUGAAGAGGAAAAGUCACAGCCUGGAGAAGCAGUUGGAAGCUGAGAUGAGGAGAAAUAAAGACCUGGACCAGAAGAAUAAACACAUUGCUUCCAAAUUCGAUAGAAUUAAACAGGACCUGGAACUAGAGAACAAUGACAAGCUUCAUCUUGAGAAUAGACUGAUGGAAAAGGAGAGGGAUAUGGCUCAACUCAAACACAAACUCCAAGAGCUCCAAAGGCGAGCAGAGCAGGAGCAGGAGGGUCGUAAGAGGGUGGAGCGUCAGGUCUCCCACAUCACAGAUAUGGAGAGGGAGCUGAAGGAGCUGAAGCUCCGGUCUGAGAAGACCACUAUGCUAGAGAGACAGGUGGAGAACCUGAACAAACAGCUCCAGACUGAGGCAGACCAACAUGCGAGGGCCAAGAAAAUGUUUGGUGAUCACCAAAAGAACUACGCUCAUCUGGAACAGGAGAUCCAUGAUCUUCGAGACAAGUACACCAGAGAACUAAAUAACAAGAUGAUCCUAGACCAAGAGGUCAUUAGGAUGCAGACACAACUAGAGGAGGAACAACUCGGAAGAUCACGCAUGGAGGAUCUCAAAACAGAGCUAGAAAGGCAAAAUGUCCAGCUAACGACGGAGAUGAAUCGGUUGAAACAAGGAGAGAGUCGUUCCAUAGCAACUAUGCAGACCCAUCAAGAAAGCAUCAUUCUCCUAGAAAAGACUAAAGCCAGUUUAGAAUUCGAUCUGAAGGCAUUGCAGAAUAAACAUGAGCAAGUUGUAAAGGAACAUAGGGAUGCUAUGGCAGCAGUUAAUGCUGAGAAGAAGAGAAUUACAAGAUCACAAGAAGAAGAACUUCAGAAGACGGUGAUCCAAGAGAGGGAGAUGAGGAACCAGGUGGACAAACAAAAUUCUAUUCUUGAGCUGGACCUCAAGCAAGCACAGCAGAAGAUUGACAGGCUAGAAAAUAUGAUCAAGAUGGAGGAACAAAAGACAAAAGAGAAGAUGCUUCAACUUGAACAGGAGGAGCAGCGUCAUCGCUUCACUCAGAACGACCUGAAGGCUUCCAAACAGACGAGCAGUGGCUAUCAGACUGAUAUCAAGAGACUACGCAACGAGCUCAACACUGUCAAAGAACAAAUAAAGAACUAUGAGGAUGCGCUGGAGAAAUCAAAGAGCAUCGCCUCUCUGAACGCCUCACAAAUCAGUGACCUUCAGGAGCAACUCGAAGCAGAACACACGUUCACUGCUUUGUACAAAAGUCAAAACCAGGUGUUGAAUGAAGAAUUAAUGGAAUCUAAGCAAGAAUAUCAGCAGCUGAAACAGGAUGUUCAUCAGUUGAGCAACGAAAAAGAAUCUUUGGCAGCUCAACUCGAGCUCACACUCACCAAAGCCGACUCCGAGCAGCUAGCUAGGAGCAUCGCUGAAGACCAGUAUACUGACCUUGAAAAAGAGAAGACAAUGGUAGAACUAGAAUAUAAAGAACAGAUCCAGAGACAAAAGUCUUCACUUAAUGACAAGAAUAGUCAUAUUAACAAGGAACUUGAGGAAGAGAAGAAUCAACUGAAUAACAGGAUAAUGACCCUCAACACCGAGAAGGAUGAACUGAACAAGAAACUAAAGGAUGCGGUUGAAGCACAAGAUGCACUGGAGACCAAGAACGCUGACCUGGAGAAACAGAUGGAGCACAACAAGAAGCUCUUUGCCGAAGAGAAGCUCAAGAAGGAGCAGGCCGUCAGCAAGCUGGCCGAGAUCAUGAGCCGACACGAGUUCACCAAGUCAAGGAAGGGUAAGAAGGUCAGUCAAGCCCAACUGAGCCAGAAAGAGAAAGAGUGCCGGAAGCUCCAGCAGGAGCUCAACCAGGAGAGGGAUAAAUACAGUCAGAUGGUCACCAAGUUUACCAAGGAGAAGGAAGAACUCACUGUGCAAUAUCAAGAUGAGUAUGUCAAGCAUUAUGAGCUCCAGCUUGAUUUGGACAGCCGAGACAGUGAGCUUGAACAACUCCAGCAGCAGAUUAAGAACCUUACAGCUUUACAGGCUUCUGAUAUUGGGAGUAUCAACAGUGCUGGCGAGGCAGAGAAUGGCCAGGGUGGUAGACUAGAGGGUUGGUUAUCUUUGCCCGGUAAGAACCUUCGCCGCCAUGGUUGGAAGAAACAUUUUGUUGAAGUGAGCUCGAAGAAGAUCCUUUUCUACGAAUCGGAGGAACAGAAGGAGAAAAAGAAGCCGUAUCUGGUGCUAGCAAUAGAUAAACUCUUCCAUGUGCGAGCUGUGACUCAGGGUGAUGUCAUCAGAGCCGAAGCGAGAGACAUCCCAAGAAUCUUCCAACUACUCUAUGCAGGGGAGGGAGAGAACAGGAGGGUCGUCCCUGACGAAGCAAAUGAAAAUCCAGAGGGAGACGAGGAUGGCACUAUUGUACACAAGAACCAUAAGUUUACUAUUGUCCAUUACCACAUGCCUACCACGUGUGAGUGCUGUGGUAAAACCCUCAGUCAUCUCGUCAGGCCUCCACCUUCUUUGGAAUGUAAAUUAUGUCGCUUAAAAGUACACAAGGAACAUUAUGACAAGCAAGAAGAAUUUUGCCCUCCAUGUAAAGUUAACAUCGAUGCAGAGACAGCCAAGCAUAUGUUACUCAUGGCCAACUCCAAAGAGGAACAACAAAGGUGGAUCAGUAAACUUGCGAAACAGAUUCAAGAUAAACGAGUGUCAUUGCCAAGAACUUCAUCUAUUGGCUCCUCUCCAAGGAAUGUUGUGGUACAGAACCGUCGUGUCAGUCAACCUGCUCGCGUCACUUCUUCUUCAAGCAUGAACAGAGGGAGGUAGCCACGCCCAUCUCAUGUCACAUGACUACACCAUGUGACAGAGCAUGUUUUUUGUGAGCGAGCAACAGGAAAUGAACUAUGACCUGGUGAUUUGCAUGCCAGUGAGACAGGGUUUCAAGUGAUGACUUGUUGGGAGAAGCAGUUCUUUAUCACCAAGGGAUACCUUUCCUUUCAUGUUGUUGAUUCUGGUUACAUCAGAGUGGUCAAGGUUAUCACCGUACAGCAUCUGCCACUGAAGAUAUCGCUCAAAGGACAGUAUUCGUUGGACCAGACUGUGGAAGAAUCUUCCUGUUCGCAGAUUUCUGCUCUGAGAUCUGCAUCCCAGGUCUAAGUUCUAUCAAUGAUUGUUCUUUAGUGUCUUGAGAAUGCCCAUCGUGGACUUGUCAUGUUAUUGACAUAAUGGAUUCUUCAUUAUUCUUUCAGCGCACCUUCGACUGGCUGAGCGAGGGCAUCUGUCAAGUCAAGUUACCAUUGCCAAAGCAUUCUCUGUUGCUGCACACAACGGUAACAAGAUGCACUAGUUUCUGUGUGUGUGUUAAGCUUGCAAUCUUUGAGAAACUAAACUGUCCUCUGUUAGAUCUACAUGUAAAAGCUUGCAAAUGUAUAUCAGUACAGAGCAUGUUGGUUAAAAAUGCUCCCUCUUUCACUCACAUUUGCUUGUCACUAUAGACAAUUUUGCAUGCAUUUUCUGGAAAAAAAAUAGAUGAACUAUCUUCUGAACAUUAGUGCCUUGAAUUAUACAGUCAACACUGUUGAUGAAGUCAUUUAUGGGAUAUUAGAAAAUGGUCAUUAAUGGCAGAAGUCUAAAUUAAAUAGGGUCUAUGGCACUUGUUGAGUGACUACUGUUCAAAUUGGUCAACCCAUUGACUACUAGAGUCUGUAAUACCUACAGGCUUUAAUUAGGACAUUUCUGUUCCAGUAGGCAAGGUGGUAACUGUGAGUUACUAGGUAGGUUUCUUUGUAUGUCUUUGGUCUAUGUUGAAUGUAGAUCCAACCAGUUUUAUAUCUUUGUAAUGAUACAUGGAUCUUUUGUGUCCAUUAUUAAUAUCCUAUUUAAAUCCCCCGAUCAUCUGAUGUAUCAUGUGCAUCUUCCCUGCACAGAUGUGUUCAUGCUAGAACCCUUUAACAGAGAGAUAUCCCGACAUUCAUCUCAAUUGGAGUUUGAAUUAAAAGACCACUUUUUUCUUUCUUUUCUCUUUUUUUUGUUUGCCUCAGUGACAAGAUCUUUUAUCUCAAUUUUCAAGGGAUUUCUUUAAUCAUAAAUGUAGAGGCAGUCUCUGAUUUGAUUUCCUGAAAUUAUAACUUAAUUGUUUUUGUCAAUUUGAAGAGAGAGAACAGAUAAAUUUAAGUCUUAGGAAAGGAUUGUACCUCUAUAAGUUAUAUAUAAACUCGUUAUUUUUAAGGAAAAAAGCCCCGACAUCAUGAUGAUACAGGGUAAACUGCUUCAUUGAAUGCAGUUUUGUAGCCGCCAUGUUUCUUUGUUCUUUAUUCACUUGCCAGAUCAUAAUUUUUGUUCAGGGUUCAAAAUUUUGCUCCCCGAGAAACAAUACAACAUUACACAACCAAUUGAUUAUUUACAUUUUAUCAUUUGGAAAGGGAUUUACUCUCUACUUUGAUAUAAGGAAAUGAUUGAUGUAUGGUACCAUAAUAUUCAUUGAUAUUCCUUAUGUAAGGAUAUUCCUCUUCCUGGCCAAAUUGUAUUCAUGAAUAAUCAUCAACUAUUCUAGAAAUAUGAUAUUUCUUUGAUUUAUGUCCAAAUGACAUACACAUUUUAUCCCAUUCACCAAAAAAAAACUAAUUUGGGUCUAUUUUGUGAUUACACAGAAAACUUGUGAUCAUAACAUUCAUUUUAGAAUAUUUAUGUUAAGCAGUCUUCUCUUAUUAAAAUUCUAGCAUAAUGCCCUGCACCGUUAUUACCGAGUUUAAAUUCAAUUGCAUGGGAUAUUGCACAAAGUGUGUGGAAAUGAAUUAUCAUAAUUGCAUGAAUUGGACAGAAAUUUAGUUGAUUUUCAUUCAUCUCAAAUGAAAUGAGUAUUAUUUUAUUUUAUAAUUAUAUCAUUGAUUUGAGUAAAAAGUCGUUUUAUGAAGUAGGUUUAUAAGGCUCAGGCCUCCUGCCUUGGUUCAAAUCAGUGACAAAUUUAAGAUUGAUCACAAGCGUCACCCCAUUCUCUCACUUCUAAAUUAAGAUCAAUUUAUACAAAGUUCUGAUUGAUUGAUUUGAAUUCAAUGCAACUCUGUAAAAAUCAGGGAGCUAGUUUCACAAAGCCUAGUGAUUGGUCAUACCACUGAUCAUUAAAUUGAAUGCAUUGAACAAGAUGCUUAAUCAAUCAUGAAAAUCAAUCAUAUGAUCAAUUGAGCGCUUUGUGUAAUUGGCCUCUGGUUAAUGUAAAGGUGUAGGCCUAGUAAUUGUUGGUUAAUGAAAGGGAUGGAUAAAAUCAAUGGGAAUUAAAGGAUAACGUUUAAUUCUUGGAUUAUCAUAUUAAUGUACCUAAAUCUUUUGAACCUAAUAAUUCAUGUUGGUUUAAAGGUUAAACGUAUAGGAAACAUUUUUAUCAUAAAGAUUAGAUCCUCGAUCUGUAGCCAAAAAAUUGUUCGAUUCCAUUUCUGCAUGUUUACAGAAGGAAAAAUAAUCUGUAUAUUCUAACUGCAUGUGAGCAGUAGUACUCCGAUUCACCGAAGGUGCUCAAAAUGAAUUUUUACGAGAGAAAAUGAGUUUAAGCACAAAACUAAACAUUCCUCCUUUUUCGAAAGUACCUGUCUGGCAUGAUUGUUUUCAUAUCUGUAAGUUACAUCUCAGAUGUGCAUGUACAUGUACCUAUUUCACUAGCCAUCUAUAAACAGAAUUGAAUCAAUUCAUGGUUGCCUUUAUACUGCCUUGGUCAAGUUCUGUCUUUAAAUUGGUUCUACUCCUAUUUGUUUAUCCAUCUCUUUGAUUAACCAAAUAAAUUUCAUCGUUGGAAAUGGACUUUUUGUAGUCUAGCAUUUAUUCAUGAGAAAAAUUUAUCAAAUUUUGUGUCUUGAUAUAAACCAGUACUGAUACUUCUCUCUUAAAUAUUGAUUUUUUGAUGUACAUGUACUAUAGACUUUUAUUGUAGGCCAGUCCUGUGUAUGUAUUGUCAUGUUAGUUAUUAUCAAUCAAGCUGUGUUAGAUGAUUCGUCCUUUGAUUGUGUAACAUCUCCAUAAAAUCUUACAGAUAUGAUUUGGUGGAUUCAUGUAGGCAUUCUAUCCUGAAAUACAUGUGGAGUAGUAGUUUGAUUGGUUAGUUGAAAGUAAAGAAAGAAUGUUUGUUCUUUAUAGAUCGUGAUUUUAAAAAUCUUAUUCCUGUCUUUCCUGAUUAAAACAAAGGAAUUCUCCGAUAAAAUAUUGUUAUACAGUAUGAAUGAGAUGGACUUCAUGUUGUAUGCAAAACCUUGGGAGUUGGAAGUCUUGAGAAUGAAUUAAAUCUGUGGAGCAAAUAAUGUUGGAGACCUGGAACUUCCUUUGAUAUUUCUCUCGCUAUGAAAGCAGAGGAAUAAUCAUGUGUAAAUUCAGGAAAUAUUUACUAUGUCUACAUGUAUAUAACAAGCUCAAAGACAGAAUUAUAUACCCACUCUGUGAGUGGGUGAUCAUGCUGAUUUCAUCCCAAGCAAAGACAGUCAUCAGGAAACGUCUUUUGAUGGUGGGACUUCAUAUUUUUUUCCUUUUCAUUUGAAAUCACUUUAAAAUCAUGCUAUCUUUUGAUUGCUUAAUUUCCGAAUCUUCCUGCGUUUGUAAAAAAAAAUGCUGUUGGUGAAAUCAUUUUCAUGUAUCAUGUCUUUCAUGAGUGUACAUACAUACUCUAUUUCUUAAAUAAAUACCAAAUUAGGAACUUCCAUGGAAAAGAAAUUGGGACCCAUUUACACAGGCUUGUCGAUUGAUGGUAUAGCAGAUUUGUAUGAUUGAUUGAUAUGAUUGUAUUGCAAUCAAUUAUGACAUUCAACUUACAAGUUACAACCAAUUACUAAACUUUUUAUGGGGAUUCGUAACAUAUGGACAAUUCCAUGAAAUAUGUACGUCCGACCCCAUGUAUGCAAGACCUUUACGAAAUCUUCUGUCUCUGAUUUCUGGUUCUUAUGACAGUCUGUAAUGCUGUCAAAUGACCAUGAUUUAGUCAGUUAACAAAGUGAAGUAAAACCCAAGAACAAUGGGGGUCGGAUGUACAAAAAAGUUUGUUUUAUUUUACAGAACUGCCCAUAUAGUUUGUACAAUCUUUACAGGGUUAAAUUUGUUUGGAGGGAAUGCUUUGAUCACACAAUCCCUAAUUCAACUCAAUCCAGUCUCAAUCAUUUGGUUUUUGUUAACCAUUUCUUUGUUCCAUUUUUGGUUAACCAUAUUUGAAUGUUUAUUUUGCAUGCAAGGUAGUUUUGUGAAGUAUAUUCCCUGCAUGUUUUUGUAGAUCUGCUCUUUUAAAAAUUAGUUUUAGAAAAAAAAAUCAUGGCAUCUGAAAUGAAAAAAAAUUGUAGACUAUAUUAUCCACUAAACCAAGGUUUCUUAAGGUUUAUGUUAAUGAAGGAUUGGUAAUUACAGUUAUUUGAAAGAGUUUGUGCUAAGAUGUAUCAUGUAUAACUCUAAUAAGAUGAGUGCUGGAUACAUGUACCUUAUUCCCAUAUGAUUUAAAGUUGUCAGCACUGCCUAUUAACAGCGUCGGCUCUAAAAGUCCAGUGAAAUCCUUCGUUUAGUUUGGUUCGAGAAGCACUUGGGAUGUUUCAUCGAAGUUGUCCGCACUGACUAAAUUGUCGCUCAGACCAUUUCAGUGAAACUCCUCGAUUUGAUUGAACAGAAGCAGUGGUCUCUGUCUUAGGCUAUGGUACAUGUUAACCGUUAGAGAAAGGCAACAUUGACAAUGCUGACACUUCAUGCUACCGUAGCAUCCUGGGCCUCAUAUCACAAAGAUUUGCAAUUAAUCAGAAAGAUGCUUCUCAUGAAUGAAGCACCUGUACAUUGUGGUCAGUGCAAUCAAACGUGAAAAUCUGUUUUACGAUCAAUAGCUUAGCUCUGUGUAUGGAGCCCAGGGCCCUGUUACAUAUAAGUUACUAUUAUGAUAACUUUCUCAUCCAAUGGUAACUGUCAUUUUAACGCUGAUCAACAGCCAAUCAGAAUCAAGGAUUCCAUGCAAGUAACCAUUGGAUGGCAAAGUUACCAUAAUGAUGACUUUUAUGCAAUGGGGGCCUGGGAUGUUCUGGGUUUGAGCCCUGUUCACACCUUUCGAAUGGUAAUGUUAAAGGUCGGCCCCAGACGUAAAUAAUCAUAUCCAAUUGAUACAUGUCUGUAAAAGCUCAAUCACAGACACAAACACGGAUGUAGGCUUAUCUUUGAGUAUGAAAAACCCUUCCUGAUUAUGAAGUUAUUAAGAAUUGAACCCCAAAUCUCUUUGCUUUGCACUGCCCAUUGUAGAUGUUUAUAACUGAUUCUAAUAUAUUACUUCUUCAUUUUUAUUCAUUUGUUUACUCUUUGAAGAGCACAAAGGCUUGUUUGUGAAUGGGAUGUCUCAAAAAGCAAUUGAAAUGGAAAAGGGAAGAGAGAUAACCAGUAUACCAAAAUAUUACAAUAAAUGUCAACUCCACCAGAAUAAGUGCUUCCAUAUUUUCAAAUUCUAAUAAUGCUAUGUAAUCACAGGGAUGUACUGUUUUAUUAUGUAUAUAUGGUAUGGAAAUUAUGUUCCUUUUUCUACUGUGCCUAGUGCAUGUGUGAUGUGCACAGAUGUCGAUUCAUGUGUACAUUUAUGUUUUUCCACACUCGUGUUAGGAAUUCAUGUUGAUUUAUACUUGACCGGAUAUCAAUUCAUUAUUUAACUUCCUGUUUAUUUUCUCAAUUAAGUUCAUUGAUUUAUGAUGCAAAUCAAAGUUAGAUUGACUUGAGUUCUAUUAUUUUCUUUUGCUUCAUUUUUUUCAUUUUGUCUGUCUCAAAUCUGUGUUAAGAUAUCUGCAUGAAGAAAUGUGAUCUCAAGAAAACUUACGAUCCAGGAGAUAGGAUGGUUUUUUAGUUGGAACAACUUCAUGAGAGAUUUUAUCAUUUACAGAGCUGAUAUCCAGUGCAUGCUUUGGUCUAUAUGAUACUUUCCGGUUUAUUAUUUCAAUCUGUUUUCAGGGCGUAUAUUACAUGGGUGUUGUACUCUGUGAAUUUCUUUACCAAAAACCCUACUUCCUUCAGUACAAAACUAUUUAUUGUAUUAUUAAAUCUUGUAUCAUUAUAUGAGAUAUCGUGUUGUACAUUGUACCAGCUAUAGACAUUUAUGUUUGUUAAAGUUUGCUUUCACUUUUAUACAUAUUUAUACAAUAUUAUUAUAUCCAUGAUGGAUUGUUACGAUAUAAAGUGUAAACCAUAUUGCUUUAUGUACAUCUAUCAUUUAACAUGUAAAGUAUUAUUCAUGUGUUUUGCAAGAACAAUAAUUUAUCAGAAAUCAGUGUGUAAAUAUAUCAUACAAGAAACUUGUAACAUCAUGUGCAUUAUGGAUUUCAUUAUCAUUUUCAUAAUUAUGAACGAUUUCCACUCUAAGUGGGAUUCCUGAAUUUUGAUGUGAUCGUAAAAGAAAGUUACUGCAUUAGAGUGAGAAUACUAAUUGAAUUGUACAAUUUUUCAAGUAUUCUGCUGAUAUGAGGUAAUUAUGACCUUUGACCCCUAAGCUUUUCCAUGUGAUCAAGACUUUCUUGCCUUAUUUUGGUCAAGUGAAAAAGCAGACGAUUUUCUAUUUAGUUUUGUCGUGAUGGGGUCUCAUGUUGGAGACAAAAUGUACAUGUAGAAAUUAUUCUAAUUAUUAAAGGAGAUAUGUAGUGAAGUACAUCAGAAGUAGAGUUUUCACAAUAAAAAAAAUGAAAUAGUUCAUUUAAUCUUU